UUGUUCGUUCUUGUUCAUUUCGAUGACAAAGUUCUCGAUUUUUAGCUUCAUAUUUUUAUAAUUUUACUGUAAAGUUUUUGAAUAAUUCCAUCAGUUAAUUAAAUAACGGUAGUAUCUUUUGAUAAUCUUCAAAACUAGGUCACUUCUGAAUCAAGUGGCCGUUAAUAAAGCCAAAAGUGUAGUGAAAAGUUUACACAGAAAAAUCACGAAAAUUCUUUGACAAAAUGUUAUAAUAAUUUCGAGAAGGAAAGUUUAUUUUUUUUGUAAAGUUAAACAGAGGUCUUAAAAUGGUUUCUACAAGACAAAUGACAAUAGGAAACAAUGGGUCUGUGGAAAGUAACCACUCUCCAACAGUCCCAGUGGAAGGUCCUGCAAAAUUCACAAGACACAGUGCUUCUGCGAAUAUUAUCGGCAUGCAAUAUUGUAAAGCUUUAUCACCACCAGUGCAAUCGGUACAAUUUUUGGACUUACCACAAGAAAUUAUAGAGAAGAUUUUCGGUUAUUUGUCUUUCAAGAAUAUUUGUCAAUUGAGACUGGUUUGCCGUACUAUCGAUUAUAUUUGUGGACAAAUGUUAAAUUCCACUUUUAUUCGACUUCAAAAUCAGAUGCAAAAAAGAUUCCAAGAAAUAAAGGCAAAAAUGCCACGACGCGAAUCAGCAAGACGAAGUCACCAUCUUGCUUGUGAAAGCGAUAUCGUCGAAACCCUCCACAUGCGUUUAACGCUACUGCAAAUGUCAUUUGGAAAGCAUAUCGAAAGGAAACACUGCUGCUUCUUCCCAGGAGAAAUUCUUGAUGAAGUUUAUCGUAUACUGCACUACAUUAAGGUCACUCCUAAGCUGGAUUUGCCUUAUAAAGUUACUGACGAAUUAUUUGAUUUAUCAACAAUGGCUAUGGAAUAUUUUAAAGAAAAAAUUGAACCAAACUUACCAGAAAUUGCCUAUUUCAGUGCCGAUUUCUUAAAUUUUUCUGGAAGCUUCCCAAGUACAAGUUCAAGUAAAUAUUUAUCACUAGAUUCGACAGCCUUGGCUUCUGAAGUUUCGAAAGAUAGUGGUCAUGUUUCCACUGAUGAACUGGAGGGCGAAGAUUUGGUAGAAACCAUCCCACAAUCAAAUAUGGUUUUGAGAAAACGCAUUCGUAAAAUUAAGCAAGGAAUGAAGCGUUACAACAGCCAACUAUCACUCUUAAGGCAAGAUCUAAGAUCAUGCAAACGGAAAACUUCAGAGCAGCAGAAACAAAUCAGCGAACAACAAAAGCAGCUCGCCGACCAACAGAAACAAACCUUAGAGUAUGCGACUCGUCUGGAUGAGUACGAUAAGAAAAAUGAGGAGAUUUCACGGAAAUUCAGUACUCUACUGCAGGAGUUAAAUAAGUGCAAAACAGAGCUGCAAUACUGGAGAUGCAAGUCUCCGGCGACCCCUCCAUUUUGUAACCACUGUGGGAACGCAAUGCUGCCACAACCGGAUGAAUUACAGGCACUCAUGAAUCAAGGCGUCAACCCAGAAGGAUUGGGUUUAGAACCACUUUCGGAAUUGGCCCCGUUUAUGGGCGCAAAUCUAGAAACUCCGAAUCCAGUGGAGGAAGAAGUGAAAAGUGAAAGUAACUCAAGCAAAGAUAAGAAAUCUGCUACGGAACAGCCGAGCACGUCAGUUGGACCGGUGAAGAAUGUUAAACGGAAAUCCGAGGAACCAAAAGAAGAUGUCGCAACAAAAAAGACACGCCGACUUUCUAAGAUUCGUAGUAAACGUGCUAAAGUUUAAGCAUCCGAAGGCUACAGGAACCUUUUAUAGACAUUUUUAAUCAACAUUAAGGGCAUACACUAAUAUGCUUCAUAUUCGUAGUUGAUGUGUAGCAAACCAGUUUGAGAUAGUAUAGUAAGUUUUGUAGGAGUCGAAGUAAGAAUAAUUAAACAUUAAUCGCUUAUAGAUGUAACAACGGAUAUUUCUCGAGUUGACUUCUUGGAGAAGUGAUUGUUCAGAAAAAAGGUAGGACAUUUCAAACAAUUCAUCUUAUAUUGUAACAUACUGUAAAGGCUAACGGACAAACUGCAAUCAAAUUUAUCGACAAUACAUUUUUUUGUAAAAUAUAUCAUUUUAGUGGAUCAAUGUCUGAGAUCUCGAUGACAUCUUUCAAGAAUUCUUUUGGAUAGUAAAAUUAUUUUUAAAUGACAGUCUUUUACAGGUAAAAAUACAUGUACAAAUUUUUUUCUCUUUGGUGUGAUCUUACCCAAUUAAAUAAAAUUAGACUUGUCGCUAUCAUCCAGACGGCAGAAAGUUUGAACCUUUGAAAGUUUCAACCUUUAUUUUUCAAAUUAAUUGUUUCAGAAUAGUAUUAAAUAUUAAUGAAUAAUUAUAAUGCCGCUUCAAACCUAUAUGAAAUAGAAUAACCCAUCUAAAUUUGAGCUUAAUCGGUGCAAUAGUUUUUUUCCAGAAUGUCGGCCAGGCCAAAAACCGUUCCGAGAAAAGUGCGGUUAAGGUUUUUUUCUCUAAAAUAUACCGGUUUUUUCAAAAAAAAUUGUCAAUUAGUGAUGCCUGCUAUAUAUAUUACACCUUCAAGUUCUUCAAAAGUAUGGUCUUCUAAUCACCCGAGAUUGCGAAAAAGGGACUGAAAAGCAGGUAAACGGCAACUGCACGUUUUACGUUCUAGGUGGCUCAGCGCAUCCCUAAUCUCGUUCAAUUCUUCCAUCUAAAUAAUGCAACUUAUUACAACAAUAUUUAGAAAAUCAAUUUUUUGAAAGGUCCCAGACUAACACCUCAACAAAAAACUUAUUUCAAAUAUCUGUAAUCAAAAUUUUAAAAUGCUUAAUUUUUAUACAGGGUGUCCCAAAAUUCAUGCAACAAAAUUUG